AUGGCCGACUUUGAUUUGUCAUCAAACUUUAUUCCUGCUCUCCACAAACCUUCUUCAUUACUACCAAUAGCUCAGCAUCGGGAAAGUCUUCUCUAUCUCAUCGAGAGUUAUCCUGUUACUAUUGUAAUUGGACAUACGGGUUCGGGAAAAACAACUCAAAUACCUCAAUUUCUUGAAAAAGCAGGAUGGUGUGCAAAUGGGAAACAGAUUGCUGUUACUCAGCCUCGUCGAGUAGCUGCAACUACUGUAGCAAUCAGAGUUGCAGAAGAAGUCGGAUGUGAAGUAGGUAAAGAAGUUGGAUAUUCAAUUCGAUUCGAAGAUGUCACAUCAGCUGCAACCAAGAUAAAAUUUUUGACCGAUGGACUUCUUCUACGAGAAGCUUUAGUUGAUCCUUUAUUAUCACGUUAUUCCGUCAUUAUGGUUGAUGAAGCCCAUGAACGUUCUUUGAGUACUGAUAUUCUUCUUGGGGUUCUUAAAAAGAUUUUGAAGAAACGUCCAAAUGAUUUAAGAAUCAUUAUUAGUAGUGCGACUCUUCAAGCUGAAGAUUUUCUGAAUUUCUUUUCAAAUGAUCCAGAAGUGGAAGCGAAACCUAAUGUUGAUGACGCGAUGACUCUUGAUGAUUUAAUCGCUCAAGGUAGUAGUUCAACAAAUGGUUCCAAAAAUGAUGGGAAAAUUGGACAAAUUAUUAGUUUGGAAGGUAGAAUGUAUCCUGUUGAUAUUCUUUACCUAGAAAAUCCAGCUGAAGAUUAUCUGGAAAGAGCUAUUGAUACAGUAUUUGAUAUCCAUACCAAAGAACCAGAUGGAGAUAUUCUAGUUUUCUUAACUGGAAGAGAAGAAAUAGAUAAAGCUGUACAAGCAAUAUCAGAACGUGCAGCAAGUUUACAUCCAAGAUCUCAAGCUCUUAUGCCACUUCCUCUUUAUGCUGGUCUUUCAACUGAACAACAAAUGUUUGUUUUUGAACUAGCUCAAGAAAACACUAGAAAGGUUAUUUUCUCUACAAAUAUUGCAGAGGCUUCUGUCACAAUUGAUGGUAUCAUCUAUGUAGUCGAUUGCGGUUUUGUAAAACUUCGAGCUUAUAACCCAAUCACUGGAAUUGAAACAUUAACAGCAACUCCAAUCUCUAAAGCAUCGGCAACCCAAAGAUCUGGUCGAGCGGGUCGUACCAAACCCGGAAAAUGUUUUCGUCUCUACACAGAAGCAAACUUUCAAGCCCUUGAAGAAGCAACCGUUCCUGAAAUUCAACGAUCAAAUCUCGCACCCAUAAUCCUUCAACUCAAAGCUCUAGGUAUCGACAAUAUAGUCCGUUUCCCAUUCCUUACUUCUCCACCAGCCGAAUUAAUAAUCCGUGGACUCGAACUUCUCUAUUCUCUCGGUGCCCUCGACACUUACGCCAAACUUACCAAACCUCUCGGAACACGCAUGGCUGAACUAGCAGUCGAACCAAUGAUGGCCAAAACACUUCUAUCAGCUAGUUCCUUCAACUGUCUUUCCGAAAUUCUUACAAUUGCCGCCAUGACAUCUGUAGGAGGAAAUAUCUUUUAUAAUGAUUACGAUGAGAAGAAAGCCAUGGAAACCGCUAAACGAAAAUUCGCCGUCGAGGAAGGUGAUCAUAUCACUCUUCUUAACAUCUACCAAUCAUUCAUCACCAAAGGCAAAAAACAACCACGAUUUUGUCAUGAUAAUUAUCUAAACUUCAAAGCCCUUUCAAAAGCAAUCAGUAUCCGAUCUCAAUUAAAACGCUAUCUGGAAAGAUUCGGCAUCUCAAUCGACGAAACUCUCUCAUCCUCUUCGAACCCAAACAUGCUCUCAGUAGGCGGACCAGACAAAAGUGAACAAAUUCGCAGAUGUUUAACCACGGGAUAUUUUGCACAUGCGGCGAAAAUGCAACCAGAUGGUACAUUUAGAAAUAUAGGAGGAGGAACAAUCUUGCAUGCUCAUCCCAGUAGUUUGAUGUUUAAUCGCAAGUGUGAGUGGGUUGUUUUUAGUGAGGUGGUGGAGCUGGGUGCGAAGGUUUAUAUUAGGGAUUUGAGUAGGAUUGAGAAGGGUUGGUUGGUGGAGUAUGCGCCGGAGUUUUAUAAGAUGGGGAUGUGA